UCGAGGAGGGAGGAGGGAACAGACAUGGCGGAGGUCCGCACGAAGGCGGUGCCGGCGCCCACUUUGCUGUCGCUGUGCUUGAAGUCGGUCGCAGCCCAUCUGACCGCCGACGCAGCAGGCGCGGGUCGAUCUGGCGGAUGCCCUGAUCAUUUCGACGGGUUCGCCCAGGAGCACGAGGAGGAGGAUGGACACCUGACGCCGGAGCAGGUUGCGGAGGCGCUGCCUUGGGAGAUUCUACACCAGCUGGCAUCUUCUCUGCCGCCACUCGCUCUCGAAUCGCUCCAUCACGCCGCCCAUGCCCGAUGCUGCUCUUCUACUUCCCAUACUGCCCAGUUCGGAGGGCCUGAUGGCAAUCGACGUGGGACAAAACGUUCAAGGUGUGAAGACUUCGACACCGCUUGGCAGGCAUUGUUCAAAUUUCGCUGGCCCUUCCAUGCUAACACUGGGCAUGAUAACUUGGUUACUGUGGAUUGGCAGCAGCAGUACUGGGAAGCGCAUUUGCAAGAGUGCUUGGAUGAAGCUGCAGAGGCUGCGUUGCUUCCUUUAUUUCGUGGGAGUAUUCGUGAAAUAAUUAUGUCAGCUAAAAUCAUGAGUUCUGUUUACCUCAGUGAGGACAUUGCUCGAGAGUAUUCAACACUAUCAUAUCAUUGGACCAAACUUGGAUCCUAUGCAAGGUGCUUGAGACUUCAAAAUGUGCUUUGCUCAGCCGAAGUUUGUGACAUGUUGCAACCUAGCAGGCUAGAAACUUUGGUGUUCGUAAGAAUCAUAUCAGAACCUGAGGUCAAUGGUGUAUGCCUGCUUCUAAGCUGCCAUGCGAAGACACUGUUAUCUCUUGAAUUUAUCCACUCCCAGCUUUAUCCUGCAGUCAUGGAUAAAGUCUGCAAUAGUCUUUACCAACUGGGAUCCCAAAAUCAUGAGAUCCAGCGCCUUAGUAUUAAAUCAUCUCGCAUUGGUGAAAGCAAGUCACUAAACAUCUCUGCUGGUCUAUUAAAUUUUAUUUCAUAUGCAAAGUCGCUGCAGUUGUUAUCACUUAACGAUGCUAAGGUGCAACCAUCGUUUGCUAAAAUGAUCAUUCAUACUCUUCUCGAAUCUUCUUGCAGUUUACAAACGCUUGACAUAUCAGAAAACAAUAUUUCAGGCUGGCUUUCAACUGUAGACAGAAGUUCUACAAGUAUCUCAUCAGCACUGGAAUCAAACACAUCCUUGAACUCGCUGACUGUUCUUAACCUAAGGGGAAACCAUUUGCAGGAGGGUGACAUGGAGGAUCUACGCAGUAUUCUAGCAAAGAUGUCUAAUUUGAGAAGUUUAGAUAUAAGUGACAACCCAAUCGCUGACGAGGGUAUCAGAUUUCUCAUUCCUUUCUUCGAACGGGCUCUUCGAAGGGAGAAACCGCUUUGGGGAUUAAGAGUAGAAAACUGUGAUUUGUCAAGUAUUGGUGUGACUAAACUUCUUGAAUGCCUCUCAUCUGCUAAUAAACCACUUGAUGUGCUGUCUAUAGCAGAUAAUCAUCUUGGGAGUUCUGUGGCAGCUACAUUAGUGAAAUUCCUGGGUUCACACGUAAGGGAACUAAAUGUUGAAGAUAUCAGCCUAGGACCACAAGGCUUCCAAAUACUUGAGGAAGCAUUGCCAAGGAAAGUAGAUCUCUCCCACAUCAACAUCAGUAAGAACCGUGGUGGGAUCAGAACUGCACACUUCAUUUCCAGACUUAUACUGCAAGCGCCAAACCUUGUCUCAGUCAAUGCAGGAUCUAACCUUUUACCUCCUGACUCGUUGGAUGUAAUUUGUAACGCAUUGAAGCAAACAACAAGUAACUUGACACAACUAGACCUGAUGGGCAAUGUGCAUUUGUCGAGUGCCAUCUUUCCUGCAGUCUUUGACUUCAAGAAGCACGGAAAGCCAAUCAUGCUUAUUCCAUCACAGCAAGGGAUGCAUGGUGCUUUUGUUGUACAAGUUACAGUGCUCAUUCCCUCAACACACAAGUAGAAGAAACUCAAGCUAAAUUUGAGACUCCAACGACAGUUUGAUCAUUAAUUGUUUCAUACUAAUCCAAAUUGGGUCUGAUUAAAUAAAGGGUGGGGACCGGUUUGUUAUGUCCCCGAGCCUGCAGGCGUCCAGGUGGUCGAAACUGUUCAGAAUCAGGGCAGGAACUGCCUGUUGGAGGAAACGUCUACGGUUCCUAUAUGUCUUCGUUUCAUAUGUGUUUCUGUUAUUGUUUGGUCCAUCUGUAAAUCAAAAUUAUAAUUCAUCAAACAUCAUGUCCCGUUCCUCUAUCUGUCUCUAGUGCCUU